AGUGUGUCUCUGCAGUGUAGGAUGGUAUGCCUAAAGGGUGUCUCCCUUUGCUGUCGCUAGCUAAUCUUUCCUGUUCCAACCCACGACAUCAGUGAGUGACUGUGCGAGCACACGAAUGUGGGUGGGCGUCUUCUUUUAGUAACAGCCCUGCAUAUGCUCAAGUACCACAGAGGUGUGUUAGUAGCUUCCAUUCAUUUGACUUUUCUUUCACUCGCUUAUCCUAAUCUAAUCUCGAUUGCACACAUUUAUUUACCCCCUCAUCAGUCAUUUUCGGCCUUCUGUCAUUGUUUAAGUUUGUUUACUCAGAAGUUUUUUUUUCCAUGCCAACUUUUCCUCAACUGUGGAGAGAAGGUAGGAGGAGCCGUUUGGAGUAGUGUGCCUCUCUCUCGUUCUCUCCCUCUCUCUCACACACACACACACACACACAGACUCUCUCUCUCUCCUUCUGUCACUGCCGCUGCAUGCAUCAGACCGGAGUCUGUUCACUUCCAAGCAAGUCUGACUAAAGGGGGGAACAGUACUCUUUUGACUUAGUUUCUGGAUUCUUCACAACAUUUUCCUCAGAAAAACGUYCUCUGUUUCCUCACGCGCUCAAAGGCAACAAGAAGAGAGUGAAGAAGAAGCAAUAAGUGGACUUAUUCAUACUUUUUGUGAUUGGAUUGAAAAGCACGUGCAGACGGUUUUAGCCACUGGACCCUUUCAGAGACUGAGAAGUGAGGUCAUCCUGUAAUACAUCCUCCCUUGGCGGAGUGGCUCCAGCUUUGCUGUUAGUCAUACUUUGAAGAGACAAACACACACACACACACACAGAGCAACAAUGGUGGCCGGAAUGGUGAUGCCCUUGGUGGACUUGAGGGCCAUCUACGAGCUCCUGUUUCGCGAUGGUGUCAUGGUGGCCAAGAAAGACAAGCGGCCCCAGACCAAGCACCCAGAGAUCCCCAGCGUGGGAAACCUGCAGGUGAUCCGYGCCAUGGCCUCCCUCAAGUCMAGGGGCUACUUGAGGGAGACUUUCGCCUGGAGGCACUUCUAUUGGUACCUGACCAACGAGGGCAUUGUUUACCUGCGCGACUACCUCCGUCUGCCUGCUGAGAUCGUCCCCUCUUCCCUGCAAAGGGUUCACCGUCCAACAGCAACCUUGGCCAUUGCCCAAAAGGCAGCGCGUGGGGUCCAGUCAGUGGACGGCCCCACAUCUUAUGUCCCCAAACCUGGCAGGGAAGAGAGUCAGGAGGCGAUGGCUGAGCGCCAGGUCUACCGACACAGGAGGCUGGACGCAGCCGAGGAGGAAGGCCCCUCUGACAGGACGCCAAGGUUCAGAGGUCGCCCGAUGGCCACCGAGCCGGUCAGACCAAGAGCAUCAUGGGAAUCUGAGUCCCAGGCCCAGCCUCCCCUGUGGAAGGGGCGGGGCUUCCGCACUGAGGCUUCAAUGAUGGAGGAAAGCCAGGGGAAGAGGGCCUCCACGGUUACCUUCWCUCAGACCACUGAGGCUAGUAGCAGUAAAGCAGUGGYGUCCUCCCAGGAGAAGAUCAUCACUAAGGUUCGUGCAGAAAGGUCCCAGGUGGUUCCGGUUCAGAAAAAUUCUACUUCAACACAUGAAUCACAGGUCAGCAUCAAGUCGGUCUCCUCCAAAACAGCCCUCCCAUUAGCUGUUAYUGCAGUAGCUAGUGCUGCAGGAGCUGGGGCUGCAUUAGUGAAGGUCUCAGCUGAAUCCUCUUUCAAUAAAGCAGGUAUAGAGAAGCCCAAGAAAGCUGCAGCAGUUGAGGAGGCCCCCARAGUCUCUGCUGAACCUGUACCCAGUAAGCCAGCCAUCCCAGCACCCCUGCCCCCUACUAAAGAGAUUAAGGAGGAGAAAAAAACAGAAGUGAAGGUGAUUCCAGAACCCAAGAAAGCAUCAGAAAUGACUGUCCCCCGAGAGACCCCCAAACUCUCAGCCGAACCCACCGAAUCAUUCAAAGUUGAUAUCACUGAUCCCUUAUCAGGGGUCAGUGGCAGAGACAGUGUUGUCACUGAAAAGGUUAUUGAAAAG